UGGGUGGGUGAGUGUGGCGCGCUGUGUGUGUUGGACUUCGCGUUUUGGCUUUUGGUGAAUAAAACAACUCCGAGAACAACGUGUUCAGUUCAUAUUUAUGCGGCAGAAGAUAUUUAAAGAACAUGACGUUUUAAUAACUAAAUUACUGCGUAUCGUAAUGUGAAUAUUGUGAAAAUGUCGCCUCUUUGUACCGAGACCUCCGCUCUAAAGGACACGAGUGUUUAACAGUCCUGUCUUCAGUUAGCGAACCUAGAGUCGGAAUGGAGAGGGACACUCAGCCCUGCUUUAUGUCUGACCACGAAGGUUUCUGUGGCAGCAUCAAAAACUCAACCCGAGACUUCGUGGUCAUUGAAUUAGACGUCCAAGGGCGACCUGUGAACAGGACAGAUAGGCCAGAGGAACCCACAAAGUUGGCUAGUACUGAAGUCAGACAGUGUUCCCAAAAAGCAUCCUUGGGUGAGGUCACUGCUGGUAUGGCCAGCAUGGUCCAGAAUGGGGAUGGAGUUUUGAGCCAGGAGGGGUUUGACCUGAAUGUAAUUCUGGGCUCUUCUGUCAAUGAGGCACUAGAAGAGUUUGCCAGCAAAACUGUGGCAUGUAGUGAGGAACAAAAAGAGGACACUGAGAUGACCCUUGGCACUUUUCCUGACAAGCAGCAGCGAGCCAGUGUGCACAGAGCAGUGAGGCAUAACUACCCCUUUCUAAUGACCGUCACCCACCAGACGGAGAUCCGGGUCAAAGUGGACCGAGACUUCAGAGAGCUUUCUCAGCUGGUCUCUGAGGAGGAAGCAGAGGACUUCUUCAGGUUCAUAGAUGCCAAAGUUCCUGGCUCUGCCUUCACCUUCUUGCCUGAUGACAGCAAGGAGCACCGGACGUCCGUCCACCACUUCGUCAGCAGGAGGUUUGGGAAGCUGGUGGAGACGAAGAGCUUUGCAGAGCAGGACAAGACUGCCAUUACAGUGAGGCUGAGAGAGAAAGGAAACCAGGGCAAGAAGAGCAGGAAGAGGACGGCUUCAGACAGUGAAGAGCAGGUGGAGACCUACACAGGUUUCACACUGAAAAAAGAAAACCUUGAAACUCUGGAGGCCAUCAGCUACAUGGCAGCAGUGCUUGGAGUUCUUCCAUCUGAUUUCUCCUAUGCUGGCAUCAAAGACAAAAGGGCCAUCACCUACCAGUCCAUGGUAGUGAAGAAGAUCUCCACAGAGAGGUUGCUGGAGAAGACGUCAGAGUUUGAGAGGAGAGGAAUGCAGCUGUCUAAUAUCCAUCCAGUGUCCGAACCACUUCGACUCGGGAGGCUACAGGGCAACCACUUUGACCUUGUCAUCCGGGACCUGAAGCCUCAUGGGAAAUGUAGUUCAUCAGACCUGGAAGUGCUUGUGAAAGAGGCUGUGGAGAAUGUGAAGGCUCGGGGCUUUGUGAAUUAUUACGGACCUCAGAGGUUUGGAAAUAGCCAGACUGUUCAAGCUGACCAAGUUGGACUUGCACUUCUGAAGGAAGAUACGGUUGCUGCUGUCAGGUUGUUCCUGAGCCCGGAGGAAGGCGAAGACCUCCAGAACAAAGCAAAGCGGCAUUUUCUCCACACAGGCAAUGCCAAAGAGAGCCUGCUGCUGAUGCCUGCAUAUAAAGCUAGAGAGAGGCUGAUGCUGCGGGCGCUGCACCGUUACGGCAGCGGUCAGGAGGGCUGCGGGCGAGCCUGGCUCAGCCUGCCCCACGGCAUGAGGGUCUUCUACCUGCAUGCCUACUGCAGCCGACUGUGGAACGAGGCAGCCUCCUACAGGCUGAAUACACUGCCACACCGGCCUGUGCAGGGAGAUCUGGUGUGCACCAGGCCCCAGAGAGAUAACUCUGCAACAGAAGAAUCUGACACAGCUCAGGUCCAUGUUGUUACACCUGCAGAAGAAAAAGACAAUGUCUUCUCAUUGGAACAGGUGGUCCUCCCCAUGCCAGGCAACAGUGUGAAGUAUCCGGAGAACGUUCUUGGCAAGUGGUAUCAGGACAGGCUGGCGCAGGACGGUCUGAGUGCAUGCCGAUUCAGAAUCACCUCACUCAAACUCAACGUUCCUGGGUGCUACCGCCCACUAUUGGCUUACCCUUAUGACAUCACCUAUAGCCUCCAUGUUAAAGAGGAGCCGCACGUCAUGGGGCUAUCACCCUCUCACUCCACAGCCAGCCUGACACUGUCUUUUGAUUUGGAUUCGUCCUGCUACGCCACAGUCUGUCUCAGGGAAAUCAUGAAGUGUGAGCCUUAGGAACUUAUAAAGACUGUUUUACUUUGUGUUUGUAAUCUCAGACUGCAGACUGAGACUUCAGACGUUGGAUUUGGGAAACAGCCCAACAUCAAACACACUUGGAAGGACUGAAUUCCUUCAAUUUGAUGCAAUUUUAUCCUAUGGCCACUAGAUGGGGUGAAUGCAUAACAUGCCAUUAGCAGAACUAGACCUGCUUUGAGUGAACAAGAGAUUUUGAGCACAUCUAAACACAGAUUUGGAGUUUUUAGGAUGUUUUUUGAGAGACAUGUAAGCCAGUAUAAUACACAGUAAAAAUUC